AUGGUCACAACGAGGAGGACGGGGAAGACGAAGGCGAAGAGGACACUGGUCACUGCGACAUGGAACGUUCGGUCCUUAGUGAAGGACGCUGGUGAUGCCAAAAUAUGCCGUAAAAAUAGAAAUGUCUCGGAUACCGCCGUUGACAGGAAACUGGAUUUUCUUGUGGAGGAACUCGGCAGAUUCGGUGUGGACGUUGCUGGUAUUCAGGAGACGAAAUGGUUUGGAAGCGACGUGUGGCCUGCUGGGAGCGGUACGUUGUUACACUCUGGGAGGCCUUUGCCUUUGGAGAGUGAGCCCGGCCGCCGGAACGAGGGAGUUGGAAUUUUGAUGAAUUCCGCCGUGACCGGGAUGUGGAAGAGCGGAGGGGAGCAGUGGAUUGCCGUCAGUUCGGGUAUUGUCACUGCUCGUCUUCUUGUCGCCAAGCGAGGUGAUAAACUCCCUGGUGGAGGUAAGCGACACGCAGAUUCCUGUGUCUCUAUCGUCAAUGUUUAUGCUCCAACGAGUAAAGCCCCACCGAACGUAAGACGCAAGUUUUUCGAUGACUUGCAACGAGUUGUGGACAGUAUUCCAUCCAGAGAUGUUCUUGUGGUGCUUGGAGAUUUGAACGCGUGCGUCUGGUCCAGCACUGACUAUGCAGACAGCGCUGUGAGUCGUAUCGAUGGCAUGCCAGGGGAUGAGCAGAUGUGGGGUUGUGUCUUGGGCCAAUUUGGCCUUGGAAAUUGCAACCGGGCUGGCUAG